UGAAAUACUUAUAAAUGAUAAUUGCAUGUUAAUUGAAGCUGGUACCAAACCAAGAUAUCAAUAGCAUCAAGUGUGAAUAUGUGAGGAGCACAACCCAGCUGGUGUUAACAUGAUGUCGCAUGACGAUAAACACAAAUAUCAAAUGUUUUAGUUGCUAAAAGCAUUCUGGAUCGUCAUAGCUUAAAGUGACAGCUGUUUUUCAACAAUCCUUAUUUUCUUGAUGGAUGGACAGAUGUAAUAAGUGCACAUGUGAUAUACCUCCAACAUCAUGUCUAAUACAGCAUGGGGGAAUGAUACUUUGGGAGAUGUGACAACAACUUUAUCCCUUGGGAAGAAUUUUCGGGUUCAAUCUCAUGAUGAUGCAACUUGGAUACUUAGCAGCGCUUUUGUGGUGUUUACAAUGCAGUCAGGUUUUGGUCUGUUGGAAAGCGGCUCAGUCUCCAGCAAGAACGAGGUGAACAUCAUGGUAAAGAACGCCGUGGAUGUAAUGCGGGGACUCACAUACUGGAUGUUUGGUUAUGGACUGAGUUUUGGUGAAGAUGAACGCGGUGCUACCCCUUUCAAUGGCUGGGGGGACUUUUUUGUCACGGCAGAUGAAGAAAGUUUAGGAUACGUGUAUUCAAAGUUCUUUUUCCAGGCGUCGUUUGCCACGACCGCUACUACUAUCGUUUCAGGUGCGAUGGCGGAGAGGACAAAACUAGAGGCAUACAUCAUAUUUUCAUUACUGAAUACAUUCGUGUACUGUUUCCCCGCCCACUGGUUCUGGGGUAAACAGGGAUGGUUACAGACUAUGGGUGUGAUUGACAUCGCUGGAGCAGGACCAGUUCAUUUAGUAGGAGGGGUCACAGGCUUGGUGUCAACUCUUCUUCUCAAGCCUCGUCACAAUCGCUUCAAGAGUAAGAAAGCCCCUCAAAUGGGAUCUCCUACGAAUGCAAUGCUCGGAAUGUUUAUGCUUUGGUGGGGUUGGCUUGGAUUUAACUGUGGCAGCACGUUUGGAAUAUCCGGGUCGAAGUGGAAGUUGGCAGCCAGAUCAGCAGUUUCGACUAUAUGUGCGUCAACAUCUGGAGGGAUUGUUGGCCUCACCCUGAGCUACAUUCUGAAGAAGCGUCAGUUUGAUGUGGGUUAUCUGAUCAACAGCAUCCUUGGGUCUCUUGUUGCUAUAACCGCCACAUGUGCAAUAGCCCACCCAUGGGAAGGCUUGUUGAUCGGAAUAGUUGGGGCAUGUCUUACAAUACUUGGUAUUACAGUCCUGGAGAAACUCAAGAUUGAUGACCCCGUUGGUUGUGUAGGCGUCCAUGCUGUAGGCGGUACGUGGAGCUUGCUUGCAGCAGGGUUUGUGUCGAGGAAGGACACAUUUGCAAGUGAACUUCAACUUAACAACGUGCAGAAUGGUGUCCUCAGUGGAGGAGGAUUUCACCAGCUCGGUAUUCAAACUCUUGCAAUAGUCGUUUUGAUCGCAUGGUCUUUUGUGACAUCAUAUAUAUUCCUGAAACUGAUUGACGUAGUUAUUGGUCUUCGAGUUCCUCUGUGUGAAGAGAUACUAGGGGCUGACUUGAUUGAACACGGGAUAGGACAGGGAACGUAUAACAAGAAAACCAAGAAGGUUGUGUUUGAUGACGAGGAGGACUUCCUUGUUGGACAGUCUAGUGGACAUCACACUCAUAGUUUUGGGAAACAUACAGACACAUGCUAUAAAAAAUACCAACCACAUUACCAGAUGCCCAAGAGACGCUUUCUCAAAAGGUUCCACUUUUACAUGAAAGGUCGUUUCUGGAAGACUCAUAAACUAGAUCCAGAUGACAAACCCAACGACAAAGGGCACGCCUUCUCUAGUGACGCCGAUAUUGUCCCCAGAGCCAUUGGGAGCAAGUAUGAUGGUUUCCUGUAUGAAGACUUUGGAUUUUCGGAAAGUAAAAUGAACGGCAGAUUUCAAUACAAUACGCCUAGACAUGGCCCCGAUUUGAACUGUUACAGCAUGUGGAUCGACGGGCCUAGGGGAACACAGAGGGACAAGAAGACGGAAGGCACAGCACAGUCACUUCAUUCGGACCUUGCUGUUCGUCCUAAAAUGCCUGAAAUGACGUACAUCUGAGAUGCCAUACCUACCCUGUACUUGUGCUCGAUAUUUGGAGUGAAUGAGUGAGUUUAGUUUUACGCCGCACUGAGCAAUAUUCCAGCUAUAUGUCGGCGGUCUGUAAAUAAUCGAGUCUGGACCAGACAAUCCAGUGAUCUCGACAUUUGUAACGUGGGUCCGUCCGACUACAAAAUAUACAAUCUCUUCUGUUAACAUCCCUUUAGUUUUUGAGUAUGUACGUAGGCCAGUCAAAACAGUGAUCAUAACGAUAUUCGGUCUCACUUAUAGUGCUGUACUCAUAAUGGUGUGAUGAUGAUAUUAGGAUAUCUUGUACAUAAUAAUUAUAUAAGGUCCAUUAUGAGUAGAGUACGAAUAAAAUCAUCGAAAAUAUAAUUUUGUUUCACAAACACAAUUACAGUACUCAUUUAUUUAUGUUGCCUGAGAAAUAAUGGGCUAAGUAAUUGACCAACGUUCAUAAAAACUAUAUUGCAAGCGAAAUGUUUACAGCUUUGUGAAUUGAAACCUAUACUAGUAGAUGCCACUAUUGAUCCAAAUAAUAUAUAAGCUCUUUAUUGGGAAAUAUUGAUACACAUGUAUUUAGAAUAUUACUGUGGAUAAACUUUAGACUGAUGCAAAUAUCCAAGAAUCCAUUCUAUGUAGGUCUCCAAGCUAAGCCUUAGUAGUACCGUUCAGUAGUGGAUGACUGAUUAUGAAGUAUGUUCAGUAGCUUUGCUCCAAGGUUGUACUGAAUGCUUUGCCAAUGAAUGUAUGGAAAUCCAUCCUUUUAAGUUUUGACAAGCGGACAUCAUCAUAAGGACGCCAGUCUUUUAUAUCUAUAACCUGUUCUUUUUAUUUAUAUAAUGCACAAACUGUCAUUUAAAGUGAUAAUUGUUACUGAAGGGACUUGUGCAAGUCUAAAUGUUCAGUUACCGCCGAUCCCAGCAAAGCUGGCAAUGGAAUUUUGUUUUCUGUGUCUCUAUACAGACUCGGUAUCCAGCAAGACCAGUCGCUGUCAGAACAGUUCGGUUCAAUUUGAGAAACUGACCAACGAAAAUAUGUUAGUUUGUUUUGUUUGUUCGUAACACGCUUUGCAUCUAGAAAAAAAUAUUAUGAUUGUUUCAAAACGAUAGCUAUCUAUUCCUCAUCCAUAUGCAUUUAAAAGUGCAUUGUAUUACUAAAUAACAUAUGUUUAAAAGAUACUAGAUAAGAAGAAAAUAUUGCAUAUGAUAUAUUAUGCAUGACAUGCACGGCCUUUUACACUCUGAUAAAAUGAUUUUAACUGUGUCGUAUAUUCAAUUACAACGUUAUCUAUGAAACGUGUUGCAGCUGUUACAAACAUCCUGGCAUCUGUUCUUUGUGAAUGUGGCCCAGUCAUUUGCUUGUGCAGCUGUUACCCUAUUCUUUCUUCCAACCAUUACAAGCGUGAAAAUACACACUGAUUGACUUCAACAGUCGGUUCAAUAUAGGUUGAUGAUAUGGCCAUCACAAUUACCAAAAAAUGAUUUUAAAAAACCCAUUUUGUUUUCAUCCUCAAUACAGAAAUAUAUGAAGCGCAUUUAAUCCCACACAUUAUCCCACAAAUAGACACAUGCACGCACGCACAUAAACGUUGUAUGAAAGGUAAGCACUUCCUUAUAACAGUCCCGCUGGUGAGUCUAGACAGAAAAGAUCCCUAGUGGCCGAGUAAUGGAAGAUUACAAUCAACCCCAAUCACAUUAGCAGGGUUUGUAUGC